CGGAGGGAGGUGUUUAUGAGGCGCUGGGGGCGGAGGAGGCGAAUUAGUCCGAGUGGAGAGAGCGAGCUGAGUGGUUGUGUGGUCGCGUCUCGGAAACCGGUAGCGCUUGCAGCAUGGUUAGCUUUGUACAUAGCAUCUCACUUUGCACAACAACCCUGCAAGGCUGACCAACUGACUGAAGAGCAGAUUGCAGAAUUCAAAGAAGCUUUUUCACUAUUUGACAAAGAUGGUGAUGGAACUAUAACAACAAAGGAAUUGGGAACUGUAAUGAGAUCUCUUGGGCAGAAUCCCACAGAAGCAGAGUUACAGGACAUGAUUAAUGAAGUAGAUGCUGAUGGUAAUGGCACAAUUGACUUCCCUGAAUUUCUGACAAUGAUGGCAAGAAAAAUGAAAGACACAGACAGUGAAGAAGAAAUUAGAGAAGCAUUCCGUGUGUUUGAUAAGGAUGGCAAUGGCUAUAUUAGUGCUGCAGAACUUCGCCAUGUGAUGACAAACCUUGGAGAGAAGUUAACAGAUGAAGAAGUUGAUGAAAUGAUCAGGGAAGCAGAUAUUGAUGGUGAUGGUCAAGUAAACUAUGAAGAGUUUGUACAAAUGAUGACAGCAAAGUGAAGACCUUGUACAGAAUGUGUUAAAUUUCUUGUACAAAAUUGUUUAUUUGCCUUUUCUUUGUUUGUAACUUAUCUGUAAAAGGUUUCUCCCUACUGUCAAAAAAAUAUGCAUGUAUAGUAAUUAGGACUUCAUUCCUCCAUGUUUUCUUCCCUUAUCUUACUGUCAUUGUCCUAAAACCUUAUUUUAGAAAAUUGAUCAAGUAACAUGUUGCAUGUGGCUUACUCUGGAUAUAUCUAAGCCCUUCUGCACAUCUAAACUUAGAUGGAGUUGGUCAAAUGAGGGAACAUCUGGGUUAUGCCUUUUUUAAAGUAGUUUUCUUUAGGAACUGUCAGCAUGUUGUUGUUGAAGUGUGGAGUUGUAACUCUGCUUGGACUAUGGACAGUCAACAAUAUGUACUUAAAAGUUGCACUAUUGCAAAACGGGUGUAUUAUCCAGGUACUCGUACACUAUUUUUUUGUACUGCUGGUCCUGUACCAGAAACAUUUUCUUUUAUUGUUACUUGCUUUUUAAACUUUGUUUAGCCACUUAAAAUCUGCUUAUGGCACAAUUUGCCUCAAAAUCCAUUCCAAGUUGUAUAUUUGUUUUCCAAUAAAAAAAUUACAAUUUACCCAA